UUCUUCAGAGCUGUUCUACCACGAGCCUGACAGGAAGAAAUCCAACAGCUACUGAAUGUUCCUGUGGUUCCCUCAAGGCUACAGGAGGAGCCCUACGAGGACGAGCCGGUCCACCUGAUGGCGGCCAGUCGCUGCGGUUCAAAGCCAACACCGACUACAUGGACUUCUACUGGACCACACGGAGGCCUUCAAACCGGACCAACAAGUUCAGCGACUCCCCGACUUGUGGGUCUGAGGACGUCACCGAGCCUCGGUCCAGCCGGCCUCCUGUCUGUGGGUGUUUGAGUGCUGAGAGGAUUACCACAGACCUGACCGUGAACACCGUUGACACCCACCUGAGGGAGACGCUGCCUAAGAUCUCAAGGCUGCUUGGUCGUGGUCUUUCUGGUCCUGCUCCAGAACGCCUUCAUCAACUACAUCUUCUUUUGAAGAGGCCCUCAGAUGCUGCAAUCUCUGACCUUAAGGAGGAACUGCUACUUUCACUCUGUAACGAGACAGCGGUUAUUUUAAAGACCCAGCUCCUGGCGGCUUUGAGUGAAAGUUUAACACCCAUCAAAACGGAACUGCAGACAGUUAAAUCUGAGCUGUGGAUCAGUAUUUCAAACAUCAAGUCCGACCCAGGCGUCCUAAAGCACGCUGUGGGUGAAACGGAAACUUCACUCUCCACAUCACCGACGACAUCGUCACACUCCAAAGCAGAGCACCUGUCUGCUGAACUUUUAAAAGUGGACAAUAAAGGAGAAGAAUGUGAGCAGCAGCAGACUGUGAGCAGUGGAACAGAUGUGAUCAGAAAGAAGUCACUUUCUUUUUUCUUUUCUUUCUGGUUGACUUGAUGCUGUCAGAUGCAGAUGUUGGAGCUGAUUCUGAUCUUUCAGGAUAAAAAGCUGCUUUUCCUUCACAGACUUUUCAGGAAAUUAUUCUCUCAGGUUUUCUCUGCUAUUUAUAUUUUUAUUAUCUGUGAUUAUUUCAUUAUUUCUUUAUUGUAAAAUAAAGUUUGAGGCAUAAAGACUCAUUUAGUUAUUUUAUUCCUGAAAUCUUUGAUGUAGCAGAACUAAACUUCCAUUUUCCUUCUUGUACUUCUG